AUGACCUGGCCCUCAAGCCCCCGGAAUUUAAUUCUCUCCUUCUAUGCUCUUCUGUUGGUCUCUUCAACAUGUCUGGCAUAUGUUGCUACCAGAGACAAUUGCUGCAUCUUAGAUGAAAGAUUUGGUAGUUACUGCCCAACUACCUGUGGAAUUGCAGAUUUCCUGUCUAAGUACCAAAGUUCUAUAGACACGGACCUACAGAAUCUGGAAAACAUCUUACAUGAAGCUGAAAACAGAACAUCUGAAGCCAAAGAACUGGUAAAAGCGAUUCAAGUCAGCUACCUCCCUGAGGAAUCAGCAAGGCCAAAUAGGGUGGAGCUUGCCACUAAGGAUUCCAAGAAAAUGAUGGAAGAAAUUAUAAAAUACGAAGCACUGAUUUUAAACCAUGAAGCAAGUAUUAAGUAUUUGCAAGAUAUAUAUAGUUCAAACCGUCAAAAGAUUGUUAACCUGAUUCAGAAGGUAGCCCAGCUUGAAACAAAGUGUCAGGAGCCUUGCAAAGACACAGUGCAGAUAGAGACAACCACCGGAAAGGAUUGUCAAGACAUUGCCAAUAAGGGCGCCAAAGCCAGCGGACUCUACUUCAUCAAACCUCAGAAAGCAGUGCAGCAGUUUUUGGUGUACUGUGAAAUCGACGGAUCUGGAAACGGAUGGACAGUGCUUCAGAAGAGGCUUGAUGGCAGUGAGGACUUUAAGAAAAAUUGGAUUCAAUAUAAAGAAGGGUUUGGACAUCUGUCUCCUACUGGUACCACUGAAUUUUGGCUGGGAAAUGAGAAGAUUCACCUGAUAAGCACACAGUCUGCUAUCCCAUACACACUGAGAGUGGAGCUGGAGGACUGGAAUGGCAGAACCAGCACUGCAGACUAUGCCAUGUUCAAGGUGGGGCCCGAAGAAGACAAAUACCGCCUGAAAUAUGCCUACUUCAUCGGUGGAGACGCUGGAGAUGCCUUUGACGGCUUUAAUUUCGGUGAUGACCCUAGUGACAAGUUUUUCACAGGCCACAAUGGCAUGCAGUUCAGUACCUGGGACAAUGACAAUGAUAACUUUGAAGGCAACUGUGCUGAACAGGAUGGGUCUGGAUGGUGGAUGAACAAGUGUCAUGCUGGCCACCUCAACGGCGUUUACUACCAAGGUGGCACUUACUCAAAAUCUUCUACUGCUAAUGGUUAUGAUAAUGGCAUUAUUUGGGCCACUUGGAAGUCCCGUUGGUAUUCUAUGAAGAAAACCACCAUGAAGAUAAUUCCAUUCAACAGACUCGGCAUGGGGGACGGACAGCAGCACCAUCUUGGGGGAGCCAAACAGGCUGGAGACGUUUAAAAGACCAUUUCAAAAGUGAUUUACUUUUUUUA